GCGAGCCUCGGUCGCCAGAAUCGCUCAGGGUUGCAGCAGAAACCCCCCUCCCCCCCCGCUCCCCCAUUACUCCUCCUCCACCUUCUCCUCAUCCAUCGUGUCUUCUCUUCAUUUUUGGUUUUCGAAAGGAAAGGCUGCUGCGUAGACGGCGGGGGGGAGGGAGGUAGGGAGGGGGGAGCGGGGAGGAUCUACGCGGCGGCCACUUGCAUGUAUUGUCCGUCUCCCAAAAUGGUUUGCGAGACUAAAAUAGUGGCGGACGAACACGAUGCUAUACCCGGGAGCAAGAAGGAGCCCAUGAUGUGGAGCACCGCCUCGGCCUCGGCCUCGGCCUCGUCCUCGUCCGGCGAGGCCAAGGACGCCAAGCGGGACGCGGUGUUCAUCCGCGAAUUCGAGCGCGGCGACCAGGAAGAGGUGCGGCGCAUUUACGAGGGCAUCAUGGAGAGGAUACCCAACACGACGUUUCGCGGGCUCGCCCAGCAACCCCAAAGUCAGCUUUUCUACGCGCUUCUCACAGUUGUGUGCUUUUUGCUGAGCAAAUCCUUGGCGCUGACCUGCUGCGCGCCGCUGGCGCUCAUGGCUGCUCGCUAUUACUACAGCGGCAAAGUCAUCCACAGUUACCUGGACCACGCCUUGCGCACGGACAUGGCUGACAUCGAGGCUUACUACAUGAAGCCCGCAGGCUCGAGUUUCUGGGUAGCAGUGCUGGACGGCCGCGUGGUGGGCAUGGUGGCGGCGCAAGGCCGCGAGGACGACAACACGGUGGAGCUGCGGCGCAUGUCGGUGGAUUCCCGCUACCGCGGCAAAGGCAUCGCCAAGGCCCUGGGCCGGCGCGUUCUGGAGUUCGCCGUGCGCAACGACUACGCGGCGGUGGUUCUGGGCACCACGGCGGUCAAGAUGGCCGCCCACAAGCUGUACGAGUCGCUGGGCUUCCGCCGGACGGGCUGGAGCCACGACUACAGGCUGCCCGGCAUGAGUCGCUCGGCGCCCGAGCGGCUCUUCUUCCAGAUCCGCUACAGCCGCUACCGCCUGCAGCUCCGUGAGGAGUGAGAGCUCGCCAGGGAGGAGGAGGGAGGGAGGGAGGGACGGACAGAGAGAGGGACGGACAGAGCCACAGAGAGCAAGAGCCGGCCGGAGAGAGCAAGAGUCGGCCGGAGAGAGCAAGAGCUGGCCCCCCCCCCCCCCUCCUCUGACAGCUUUUAUUUAUUUCAUCACUUCCAUUUAUCAUUGCUUAGCAUCUCCACUGAUGUUGUUUUUUUUUAUUAUUUGACAUCUCCAUUUGUUAUUUUGUAUUGUUUGACAUCUCCAUUUUUGUUUUGUUGGAUGCGCACGCAUGGCGCACGACAAC